AAAAAGAAAGGAAGAUGUCUCAAUCAUGGAGAUGUCCGUCCGUCCAAUAAAAACAAAAGGAAUCUAGUAACUGCUCCCAAUAUUACGCAGAAGAUGCUCAUACUGCUCUGCUCUACCUACUAGCUCGCUGCGGAAUGGGUUGGGCUAUCGCACUGCACGGCGGCGGCGGUGAAAUCCCCCGCUCAUUGCCGCCGGAGCGCAUCCAGCCCCGAGAAGAAGCCCUCCGCCACUCUCUGCAGGUCGGCGUCGCCGCUAUUAAAGCUGGUCGAUCACCACUCGAUGUCGUCGAACUCGUCGUUCGCGAAUUGGAAGACCAUCCACUCUUUAAUGCGGGGAGAGGGUCUGUCUUGACAAGCAACGGGACGGUGGAAAUGGAGGCUUGUAUCAUGGAUGGGAAUACGAAGCGCUGUGGAGCUGUUUCUGGCCUUACUACUGUCAAAAAUGCAAUUUCUCUAGCAAGGCUAGUUAUGGAGAAAACUCCUCAUAUAUAUCUUGGAUUUGAUGGGGCUGAGGCUUUUGCAAGGGAUCAAGGCGUGGAAACUAUAGAUUCAAGCCAUUUUAUAACUCCAGAAAACAUUGAAAGACUGAAACAAGCAAAAGAAGCUAAUCGAGUUCAGAUCGAUUAUACAGAACCACUAACGAAAGUUGAAGAAGCGUCGCCUCCUAAUGGAGACAGUCAGCUUGGGACAGUCGGGUGCGUGGCUGUGGACGGGAAUGGCAACCUAGCCACUGCCACGUCAACUGGCGGAUUAGUGAACAAGAUGGCUGGGAGGAUUGGUGACACGCCAAUCAUUGGCGCAGGAACCUACGCGAACAAGCUGUGCGCCGUGUCUGCUACAGGCAAGGGCGAGUCCAUCAUCCGGGCCACAGUUGCGAGGGACGUGGCUGCUCUUAUGGAGUACAAGGGGCUGUCGCUCAAGGAGGCAGCGGCGUAUGUGAUUGAGGAGUGCGCGCCAAGCCACACUGCGGGUCUAGUGGCGGUGUCGGCUGCUGGAGACGUUGCGAUGCCGUUCAACACGGUAGGCAUGUUCAGAGCCUGCGCUACUGAGGCUGGCUAUACUGAGGUUGCGAUAUGGCCGGAUGAGUCUUGUGAUUGAGCUUUUUUAUGACUUCAGACAUGUUAUGAGAUGUGUGAGAAUGGAUUUUAUGCUCUUCUUAUCUUUUAUUUUUAAUAUAUAAAAAAAUAUUCAAUAUC